UCAGAGUUGACCGCCAGUCACAGGAAGAUCGAGGGUUUUUUCAAAUUUGCGGACAAGUAACAUCUUCCGGGCAUAUUUGCUCGAUAUCUGAGCGGAAAAAUGCCUGUUACGCAAAUUUGUUAUUCAGACAAGUACUUAGACGACCAUUACGAGUACAGGUGAGUACAAUUUCAUGAUCAUGGUACUAUUGUCUCCACUUCGACACGGGCGCGCUAGCGCGGACCCGCAGAGCGCUAGCAUCACAGCUUUGAUGCCACGUAGAUCACUACAACUCACCCUAAGAAUCUAAAGAGACUUUGGAAGGUGAAUUAGUUAAGAGAAUAAAUGCACUCAGUUGUUUGAGCUUAUCUGCUACAUCAUCUCAAGCGCAUGGAGAUGUGGCACUUAGUAUUUGCUUGACGAGCAAGCCUUUUAGCAUCUUAGCCAUUCGGAAUGAAUUUGAAUUGCCUUCGACUAUCAGAUGCUUAGUCACCAUUCAAGGUGUUAAUGACAGAAAAGAUCCGCAUUUAUUGCAAUCUCGUUAAUGCAGAGUUCAAUUUGCAUGCAGCGCUAGUUUAAUAAAGUGAGUGAUACAGUAGGGUUUUAUGCUGGAGGAGAUUGGAUCUUAAUGAAUGCAUCGCACGCGCGAUUUCCCACGAAAAUUGCUUGGCGCGAGUUGUAAACAGCAAUGGCGGCCGCAAAUCAAAUGAAAAUUGACCGACGUUUUUGUUUUUAAAAGCUGAAUGAGGCUAUUUCUGUAAUACAAAGAAAAAGUAGAGAGAAGUGAAAAUUCGACUAACAAAUAACUCAGGCAAAGGAGACAUUAGGAGUGCAAAACCAAUGAUGCACGCUAAAGGAAGCAAGACAGUAGAAUCUAGAAAAAAGUGUGAGCUAAAAUCAUGAAAACUGGAAAUAAACCUUUCUAGAUUGAUAAGCUAGUAUCUCGAAAUUAGCUCGGUGACCCACCCUGAUUUUCUGUGUACAAAUGAUAUUACAUGUUUAUAAAAAAUUUAAAAAAUAAUAAUCCAAUGAAUAAUUUUUUACAUCUUGAAACAGUGUUUUCCUAAAUAGCACAAGUUCUGCAUGAUAUUUUUUUUUUCUUGUAUACCAUGUAUGGAAAAGAAAUUGAUGGGGCCAUAGAAAUUUAACAAAGGACUCUACGUCAUGGACUUGGUUUUUGAGAUAUCUUUCAAAAACUGAGUUAUAGAGGGGCUUUUAGCACUGCCAUACUGUUAGCAUGCCAAUGGAUGAAGCCUGAGCAACACCCUUAAAAAAUUUCCCAACAAUAGUUUUAAACAGAUCUUAAAACAUUUGCCUGAUGACAAGGUAUACAGUCCUGAUAUCUUUUAUUAGUGAGCACUUGUCAUUAAUUGUGAAAAACCCUUUCAAACCUUGUUAGGGUUAGGGUUCAUUACUCAUUUGUAAUUUGCUCCUGUAUCACAACAUUGCACUCAUAUUAAAUGAAAAAUGCACCUGUUUUUAUGCCAAUCAGAAGCAUGCAUCUUUUUUAUUAUAUUAUUACUUUAUGAACAACACAUGGUUGCAUAUGAAGUAUUUUUUCUACUAGACAUGUCAUCCUUCCAAAAGAUCUUGCGGAGUUUGUUCCCAAAACCCACUUAAUGACAGAGAGUGAAUGGCGAAACCUUGGGGUACAACAGUCUCCAGGGUGGAUUCACUAUCUUAUUCAUGAACCUGGUAAGUAUUUUCCAAGCUGUCAUGACAACUCAGUUUUUUUCAUUGGAGCAAAACUGAGAUAAGCUGGUGAUACUGUAUUUCAUUGAAUAAGUGCCCACAUUCUAAUAAGCUCCCUCCCCCAAGGCUAUAAUGUUAAACAAGCACCUCACUCCUCCCUCACUCUCUUAACUAGUAGGGAUGCAAUGAAAACCUUUUUCUAUUGCCACUUUACCUAUAACCUUUUAAGUGUCAACUUAAGCGGAAUCAUUUCAGGAGAAUAGUUUCUUUUCCUUUUAGUCACCCUCAGUUAUUUCCAUCCCUGUGUGUUUGCAGAAUUCCUGUAUGUGCAUUACCUGUUCUUUUGACUUUUAUUCUAUUGCUGCAUUAACUUAACAAGCCCCCCUUCCCCCUUUAGUCCUUAGUUAAGCACCCUCCCUCCAAUGAGCACACCUCCUUUUAGCAGAAAUUUUAAAUAAGUACUUUGGCAUUUAUUCAAGGAAAUACUGUUAUUGCAUUUGAGGGCCCCUUUCCUUCAAUGAAGAAAUUGAUCAUUCAUCUAUUCAUCAUCCUAAAACCAACAUGACAUUGUUGUUGUCGUUGUCGUUGAUACUCCUAUCUUGACUUUGGGUCAAAAAUUUAAAAAAAUUAAGGUUGACAUUAUUUAGUGAAGGUUAUCUACUUAAGACUGUCUCUUUCUCAUAUUUAGAGGAAAUGUAUCUGGCUAUGGUAAAAAGUACUAGAAUCAAUGUAUGAAUCAGUUGUAUGUAAGACAAGGUUGUACACUUUGUAUGGCUGGCAGCCAGUGAACUUCAACGAUUGGUUUAAUUUAGCACAGUAGAUACCCUAUAGAUUGACUGUGAAACUUGAAGACAAAGCCUUCUCAGACUGAAAGGUGACCCUGUAAAAAUUUGAGGUAGAUCUUGAAAUAAGCUAUAGUUUAGUUUUCUUCUGAUAAGAUUUUCCUUUUAUUAUUAUUUUCUUGGCUUAUCAUGUUGUUUUCUCUUUUGCUUGCAGAGCCACAUGUGUUGUUGUUUAGAAGACCCACCGGUUAG